AUGCUGAAGCGUACCAAAGUAUCUAUCACAAGGGAAAAACGAACUCGGGAUUAUGUGCCGGAGGGAACCUUAUCCUUCAAUGACGAAGACGCUGAAGGGAUCAUGCAGCCCCACAAUGAUGCACUGGUAAUAUCAGUACUUAUUGAUAAAUCUCGAGUUAAGCGUGUAUUAAUUGAUCCAGGUACCUCAGACAACAUCAUUAGAUCGAGGGCUGUGGAACAGCUCGGCAUGCAAGAUCAGAUUGUGCCUGCAAUCCGAGUCUUAAACGAGUUUAACAUGGCGUGUGAGACCACUAAAGGGGAGAUAACAUUAUCGGUGAACACUGUCGGGACCGUUCAGGAAGCCAAGUUCUAUGUGAUCGAAGGGGACAUGAGGUACAAUUCUUUGUUUGGGAGACUUUGGAUUCACAACAUGAGGGCGGUCCUCUCGACUCUACACCAAGUGUUGAAGUUCCCGACGCCGAAAGGAAUAAAAACAGUUUACGGAGAACAACCGACCGCAAAAGAGAUGUUUGCAGUCGACGAGGUGGUCCCGAUAUCCACACUUUUGACACCAAAGGAGCUGGGUCUAGUUACCAAGGGAGAAACCAAAUAG